UGCAGAAUGGAGAACUAUAAGAAGACCAAAAUUGUGGAGAAACCUUGUCCUCCUCCUUUCACUGACUUGCCCCCUGAUAUUAUUGAAAUGAAAGUGAAGGACGGGAGCAAAAUCAGAAAUCUGAUGGGCUAUGCCAUCGGCAAGAUGGAGCUGGACUCGGUGAGGCAGAUGCUUUUCACUGGCUCAGGCAAGGCUGUCAGCAAGACCAUUACCUGUGUGGAAAUCAUGAAACGAAGGCUCAAAGAGCUGCACCAGAUCACCAAAGUGCUCUUUAAACAGAUCGAAGAGAUCUGGGAACCCAUUGUGCCUGAGGCAGGCCUCGAUGCCUUGACAGUGAAGAGAAACAUUCCUGCCAUAUGUGUCCUACUCAGCAAGGACGCCCUCGAUCCUCAGGAGCCGGGAUACCAGGCUCCGGGUUCUUUUGAUGCCUUCUGGAUCAAGACACUUAAAGCGGAGUCACAGGGCCAAAUGAAGAGGAAGCAGGGUGGAGGCAGGGGAGCUGGCAGCACGGGAAAGCACCCUCGGUCCGCUGGAGGAGGGCCUGGGGAGUCCUGCGCCAAGUCCUGAGAUGCCGACGCCGUGUUUGGGUGUAGUUUGGGGAGUUACGGAAACAAGCCAGCUGCUGUAGCUGGAAAGCUGCUGCUGAACACAGGGGGCUUGCAGAGUUGUUAGGGGAGGGCAGGAGAAGUUAACUGUUUCAAAAUGGAUGUGAUUGUAGCUGUCUGAAACUGUGUUUUGACAAGUUCCUUUGUCAAAGGCUGCCAGGCUGUGCUCCUUAACGUGCGGUUCAGGGAAGACGGGAGUCGUCUCUGCUUGAGCGAGGAGCGGUGGUGGCUUGUCAGUGAGCCCCGGCGAAUGGCUGCUCACUGAGCGGGGUUCCAGCUGCCCGGGGCGGUGCAGCAGCCCAGGCAGCAAGCGUGCGUGCCAGGCGCCUGCUCGUGUGGCGGGUGGAAGUGGCUCUUGCUGUGGUACGGAGGGGAGAUGGGGCCCGACACGGAUUCCCCCGGCUGCCGCCUGCGUCGCCGGAGCUCACGUGAGCGGACAGCGGGGCGCGGGGCUGCGUCGGCGGCUUCUUCUGUGCCCGAAAGUCCAUCUGCUGAGCCCGUCGGGCGGCUUGAAUGUAGGACUGCAGGGAUGCAACUCCGUCUGCGAUUGUGCGCGCGUCGCAGCCUUUCUGUGCUCCUUUCACCUCGGUGGAGCUGACAGUUACACCUCUCGCUGCCGAAGCGGCAGGAGUCGACUCGUGUCGUAACCAGCCUGAAAUGCUCCGCGAGUGCCCUGGGGUGGUGGUAACGGUAAGCUCCAAAGGACCCUGUUCUUGCCCCUUUCCGCUCCUUUAUAAUGCACAGCGAUGGAUUUAAAAUAAAGUUUCCUCUUCACGU